AUGUUCUUUCGAUUUGCUCUGACAUAUGGACUGGCGAUUGUGUCGGCCUUUACACUAGUUGAGACGGCAACGGAACCAGAAACCAAGAACCUAAUUGUGGAUGCCGAUCUUUUCGAGGCGAUCGACGACACCGCCGCGUUACUCCUCGCAUGUACAUUGCCAAACACGAACCUCCUCGCCGUGAACGUGAACGUCAACUCGACAUACACAGCUUUUGCUGCGUCCGCAAUUGUAAAUCAUUAUGGCUACAACACCGUACCGAUUGGACUGCCUAGGCCUUUCACAAACAUAACCUCUCCCGAACCAUUUGGAAACGAGUACGCGAGCAAAGUAGCUGCUGAGUUUUCCGGCGGUUCAGUGCCCUUCGGACAGGUCAACAAGACCUGGGAUCCAGUAGAGCUAUAUCGCAAGACGUUGGCGGAGGCGAAGAACAGCAGUGUGACCAUCGUGUCAAUUGGGUUCAUGGGAUCGCUGUCUGGUCUCCUCAACAGCACGGGCGAUGCAUAUUCCUCUCUAGGCGGCUACGAGCUCGUGAAAGCAAAAGUGAAGGAGCUUGUGGUUAUGGGAGGUGGAUACUCACCAGAGCCAUCUCUCGAUGAAGAGUACAACUUUGCUAUCCAGAAUGCGCCGCAUGUUGUCAACACUUGGCCCGAAUGUGUUCCCAUGACAUUCCUUGGUGCAGAAGUGGGCGUUGAGGUUUCGUCAGGCGCACGUUUCACCGUGUGUGGGCCCCCGAAUGAUCCGGUCAAGUCAGCCUGGGAAUGGUACGGAUCCUAUAACAAAUCGGAAUACUCGUGGGACUUUUUGACCAUGGUCUAUGCAGGCAGGGGUCUAGGCAGAUGGUUCGAGUACGGCAACAACAAUGGGUACAACUAUCUAUAUCCGAAUGGCACUAAUGUCUGGGUGGAGGACGAACGACGGACUAGCCAGCAUUAUCUAAAGCUCAAGAUCUCGAACGAGACCGUCGCCCAAGAGAUGGAUAAUCUACUACUGCGCGGCGCGUGGGUACACGCUAAAUUGGACUGA